AGCCGUCCCGCUCAAGCGUCGGCCAACAGGCGUCAGCCGCGGCCCGCCAGCAGUGCCCGCGGCGAGCUCCGGGGAUCCGGAUGUGACGGCCCGGCCUGCCUUUGCAGCGCCGCGCGCGGCGAUCUCCGCGCGGGCCGUUGGCCGCCGCUGGUCCGAUGACGGCAGAGAGCGGACCGUACCCGUGCUGGGAGCUGCUCGAGUGCGAAGGCGAAGUUCCGCAGAGCCGGUCGGGGCACACGUGCGCCUUGUACAAGAACCGGUUUCUGUACAUAUUCGGGGGGUUCGACGGCUCGAAUUGCUUCGACGACCUCUCUGUGCUGGACCUGGACUCCAGGCAGUGGCGGCGCAUCGAGGCGGGCGGGGAGCGGCCCUCGGGGCGCGCCUCCCACUCCGCGGUCACGGACGAUGUCGCGGGCGUCAUGCCGCGCCCGUACAUCUUCGGCGGUUCCGGGUCGCAUUUCGGGUACACGAACAAGCGCGACCUGUGCGAGUUCUGCUUCGAGACGGAGAGUGCUGGCGGACUCUCUCCGACCCCGUCGAGGACACGCCGAGCUCUCGGUACGGGCAGAGCAUGGUCGCCUACCAGGAGGGUCUGUACGUCUGGGGCGGCACCCACGGUACCAACUACCCGACGGACAUGCACCGGUUCGACCUCUGCAGCAAGCAGUGGAGCUACGUGGUGACGGACGGUGAGCUGCCGUGUGGCAGGUACCGCCACCAGGCGAUGGUAAACGACAAUAUGAUGUACAUUGUUGGUGGAUCUGGGAUCAACAGGUACGGUGAUGUCUUCACCUUCCACUUUGACACCUCCCAGUGGCGCAAGCUCGCUUGCACGGGCACUGACUUGUCAGACGGGCGUUACGCACACAGCGCGGUGCUGAGAGAUAACCACAUAUUCCUUUACGGCGGCAACGACGGCGUGCGGCAUGACGACCUGCAGCAGCUGGACCUGCAGACGCACGUCUGGAGCCGCGUUGCUGUCCAUGGGCAGUGCCCGCCAGGGCGGGACUUUCACGCUGCAGUGUCGGCGAAUUCCAUGGUGAUCUUCGGCGGCUCCAACGGCAUAGAGAGGCACAAAGACGUGUUCGAGUUUCACAUGGCGCCGAAGAUACCGCUGUGCACUCUGUCCGCUGAUUUUGAAGCCCUCUUGGAGGCAUCGCAGACGGAAGAGAAGUGGCAGCUGUCAUGCGACACGCUGCUCUUACCAGACAGCGGCGAGUCACACCAGCACGGCGUGUAUUGCCAUGCGCACGUGCUGCGGGUGCGGUGCCCCCGGCUGCACGAGUUGAUCCUGGAGCAUCGGCCUCCCGACACGCACCUCCGGUCCGCGGUGCCCGUGGACGUGCCCCACGCGAUCCUGUUGGACUUGCUGCGCUACCUGUAUGCCGAGACCACCAAGUUCGGGCAGCUCAGUCCCCUGAAGCUCUACGACCUGCUGCUCGCGGCGAGGCGUCUGGAGGUGGUGCGGCUCGCGGUGCUGUGCGAGCGGCAGAUCCGGGUGCGCCUCAGCCUGGACGACGCGCUCCCCCUGCUGCGCAUGGCCUCCGCACACCAGGGCCCCGAGGCGCUGCCCGUUCUGGAGGCCUGCAAGCACUUCUUCCUCGCCAACUACAACCGCUGCACUGAGCUGACGGAGUGUGAGGCCCUGGACCCGAGGUUGCUGUGCGAGCUCAUGCGCAUGCACAACUCGCGCGCCUUCGCCGCCGUCCCCCCCACGCCGCAGACACAGCCGCAGCAGCAGCAGCAGCAGCUGCAGCAGCGGGGCGUCCCUCUCGGCGGGGCGCAGCCAGCCAUGCCAGGGGUAUCCCCGCAGGUGGCUGCAACAGUUCCGCUGCCAAUCCCGCCGGUGCCCCCGCAGGCGCCUUUGCUUCCGGCCUCAUGCCAGGUGCCAGUCCCACCGAGCUCCCUGGCGUCGGAUUUGAAGAGGCUGCUUGACGAGCAGAUCGAGCCAGACUUCGAAGUCGUCGUCCAGAACGAGGUGAUCCCAUGCCACAAGGUCGUGCUGGUCGCCCGCAGCAGGUACUUCGAAACGUGCAUCAUCACGUCCGGAAUGGUGGAGUCUCAGGCCAACCGGCUGGUCGUCGACACGGGCGCGCCGAUGACCGCGGAUGCCUUCCGGGCGCUCCUCCGCUGCCUGUACGCGGGCGACGACAUCCUCGGAGUUCUGACGCCAGGCACGGCGAUGUACCUGGUGGACGCCGCCUCGUUCUACGGGCUCAGCAACCUGCGCCUGAAGCACUUCUGCGAGAACUGCGUCAGGGACUCCUUCAACGAGGUGCACGUGCUGCAGCUGUUCAAGGCGUCCAGCAGCCUGAACGUAGAGGCGGUGCGCGGGAUGGCGCUGGAGUUCAUCGUCACUCACUUCCCGACCGUGUGCAAGCAGCCAGCGCUGGAAGAGAGCUCGACCACCGCCUGCUGGUCGAGAUCCUCCGAGGCCUCGGGAGCAGGCUGUCUGAGACGCAGCCUGGUACGCUAGGGCCCCCAGUUGUACCGCAGAGCCUGGGCUGAGAGGGCCGCGCCAGAGCUUGCAGUGAUAACCUGGUCCUCCUCACCAUCAUCAACGCCACCAUAACCAUGACUCUUCGAGGAGGCAGCUAGUGUAGCGUCUAGGAGCCAUGCGGGAGCGAGGCGUACGCUACGCGGCCGCAUUCGGGAAUCCGAUUCUGCCAGGGACGCGGCCAGCAUCCCCCGUUCUCGGGGACACCAAGUAACAACCCGCAUCGACCCUGGCCAGUCCCCCACUCCCCCACGGCAUCUUCCUCCUUGGAACUCUUCUUUGGCCUCUUUCUCCUCCUUCUUCUCCUCGGCGCCCCGUCUUCCACCGUGGCGCUCGCAACACGCAGCGGUGUUUUCCCGAGGCCACCGCGUGCGCCUGCCCUGUAAGUCGAUGGCCGGCCGGUAACUCGUGUGCGGGUGCGAAGGAUUGCGUUUUGCGGGGGUGGAAAAUCCG